AUGUCAACAAGAGCGCCGCCUACCGAGAACAAAUCCACAACUGCAGCGCCGUCUACCAAAACUGAAAGAACCACAACCCACGCCCCAGCAACACAAGCAAGUAAUCAUGCAACUUCAACUGUUUCGUCCCAUAAAACGUCAUCAAUUGUAUCAUCCUCAACAAAGCUAAUCUCAUCACAAUUAAUAAAUCUGAAUAAUAUCAAAAUAAACCAAGGCAAAACUUCAGAACUUGAUGGAACAAAUUCAUCAUUGACAUCUGAAGGAAAUCCUCAAAUGGAAACUACAGGGGUUAAAGGACAAAAAGGGAAUACAUCCGGCAAAAGUAGCGGAAAUGUACAACAAAUAAAUACGGUGUCGAAUUCCAGUUCCACUAUGUUAACCGAAACAAACCUUACCGGACGUGUCGGUCCCCCUAGUGCAAAAAGUUUAAUGGAUCUAACAGGAGUGGAUUUAUUUAAAAUUUUAAUUGAUGGAAUUAAGAAACAUCAAUCACUUCAGGAGGUGCUGUACACUUUGGCUCACGUUGGAGGUCAAGGUCAUACAGCGCAAAAUGCUGGAAAUCUUGAGAAAAUGGAUAACACUGAAGCAAUGAAACACGAAUCCCAGAAAGGUGAUAGAAUCAAUAACUCAGAAACAUCACUCCAACAAACAAACAGUCUUUUAACACACCCAAGAACGAGUAUUGUAAACAUUACAUCUGAAACAACUUCAGAGCCUCCAAUAACCGAAGUGUCGGGUGGACCUCAUAAAACUGACAACACAGAAGGAAAAGCUGACCAGAAAAGCAGAAAGGGUUUUACUUUGUCUAGACAAGGCGGAUGUGCUCCUGUCAGUGUGAACUGCCCUAACGUCAAAUACGACUUCUCCUCGGGAUGUUUUGUUUGUACCGGUGGCGAAACCAAUCAACAACAGCCUUCUGCAGCACCUGUCCCGCAGUAUCUCAACCCAGUUAAGGAAAAUUGCAAGGACAAAGGCCUUAUGCUUCAACUCAUGCUGAAGAUUGAUAACGAUGGAUGUUCUAACUGUGGAUGUCCUAACUGUGGACACAGAGAACCAAUGCCUAUCAACAACGGAUGGAAUCCCAUGGCUCAUACAAAUACAUCCCCAUCUUCUACAACGACCACUCCCCCAGCAACGACAAAGACGAACCCUCCUGAAACUACGACAGAGAAUAUUCCAUGCCCCUGCAAAGACCCAGCUCAUCAUACAACAAGUUCUCAUUCUACCACCAGUACAACUGCUUCGACUCCAGAAACCACUCCUAUACCAACUACUACCACCUCUCAAACAACAACUACAGAGAAAACUACUUCAAAGACGCAUCCUACUACAACAUUGUCUUCCUCUACAAUAACUACUCCUACUUCAACGAUUUCAACGAUUACUACUACAACGUCCAAAGCAACUUCAAUGAAGCUAACUUCUACUUCGAAAAAGCCAACUUCUACUGUAAAAACUGUACCAACUAAAAGACUACAUCGAUCUUCAACGACGACAACCACCUCAACAAAGCCUACAACCUCUACAACCACUUCAACAAAGCCUAUAACCUCUACAACCACCUCAACAAAGCCUACAACCUCUACAAAAACUCUACCUACUCACACUGCAGCAACUUCUCCAAUUAAAAAGAGUACAACAUCUAAAAUACCUGUUUCAUCCACCGCAGCUUCUACCUCAACUAAAAACUCAGCAACCUCGGCUUCUUCACAAGAGAGCAGCUCCUCUCAUAACCACUCGAACAACAGCAAUUCCAAACAUGACAACGUCUCAAACAACAAUUUAAAUCAGAGUAACAACUUUACCAAUAGCUCUUCUCAUAGCAACACCUUCUCAAGCAGCAGUUCUUCUAGCAGUAGCUCUUCUAGCAGCAGUUCCUCUUCUAGCAGUAGCUUCUCUAGCAGCAGUUUUUCAAGCAACAGCGGCACCCAAAAUAAGAACCAAACGCACGGCGGCCACCAUCACAAUAACCACCAUCACAAUAGCAAGCAUCCAAACAAUGGCACAAAUUCUCACAGCAACACUUUCUCUAACAGUAGCUCAUCCCAAAGCAGCUCGUCCAGCAGCAGCAGCAGCUUCUCGCAAAAUAGCAACAAUUCUAACAGCAGCCAUCCUCUCAGCAACCACAAUUCUCAAAACAACACUUCACACAGCAAUCAUCCUAACAACUUCUCUAACAGCAGUUCUUCCCAAAGCAACCAUUACUCCCAAACAAACAGUUAUUCAUCAAAUAACGGUUUUUCCCAGAAUAACUUCUCAAACAGUAGCUCAUCCCACAACAACCACGCCCAAAAUAGCAGUUCCAACACAAACAAUAGCAACUCGAAUAACAGCUCCUCUAAAAAUAACAACUUCUCCGGACACAAUAAUUCUUCAAAUGGCACGAACACUUCCAACAAAAACUCAUCAAGCACCAUGAACACUUCUAAAAACUCCUCGAACAACACUAACACCUCCAGCAAUAACUCCUCAAAUAAUAUGAACACUUCCAAAAAUAAUUCUUCAAACAACAUGAAUAGCUCAAAGAACAACAACAACGCCAACACCAUAAACAAUUCUAACAAUAACUCUUCUCACACCAUGAGCACCUCAAGCAAAACCUCCUCAAGUAACAUUAACAAUUCCAAAAAUAACUCAAGUAAUACCAACACUUCCAGCAAGAAUUCUUCAAAUAACAUGAACAAUUCCAAGAAUAAUUCAUCAAAUAAUAUGAAUACUACAAAGAAUAACUCUUCUAACACCACAAGCACUUCCAGCAACAGUAACCAAUCCAGCAGUUCUAACAACUCCAACAUUAGUCAAUCCCAAAAGAACAACUCUUCUAACAACAGUUUCCUAAAAACAACUACCCUUAAAACAACGACUACUACGUCGACAACGACUACUCCAACUACAACGACAACUCCCACAACAACAACUCCAACUACAACGACUACUCCUUCAACAACAACUCCAACUCCAACGACUACACCAACGACAACGACUACUCCCACGACAACAACUACUCCCACAACAACAACUACUCCCACAACAACAACAACUCCAACUACAACGACUACUCCCUCAACAACAACUACACCGACUACAACGACUACUCCCUCAACAACAACAACUCCCUCAACAACAACUACACCGACUACAACGACUACUCCCACGACAACAACAACUCCAACAACAACCACUACUCCCUCUACAACUACAACACCAACGACUACACUUAAGAUAACUAUGCCACCAGCAUUAACAACUACACAGAAAAUAACUGUACCACCCUCCCUGAAAACAACAACACUCGAGUCAACAACAACAACAAUGCCAACAACCACAGGUUGCCCGCCUUUCCCAAGCAACUGUCCGGUAGCGUGUGGAAGCUUUGACAUGAUGACUUUUUGUCCUAUCUGUGACUACAGCCUGUGUGGUAUCGGGAUAAGGGCGUCAAUUUAUUCAUCUGAGGAGGAAAGUAAUCGAGGAGAACGGAUUUUGUUAAAUGACCCGUCACUGUUUGACCAGCGACUUCAACAGAUAGACAACAAAAUCCAAAGUAUGACGUCAGAAAUUCAGAGCAUGACGUCAGAACUCCAUCAGACCACGCAAAACCUUCAAGAUGUAACUAUCAAACUUCAACAAGCAGAGGCGUCCAUUAGUAAACUGAUGCAUUCCAGUGCAGGAAAAUCUACUUAUGUGAGGUGGGGAAAACAUGGAUGUGGUGACAAUGCAACCUUAAUAUAUACUGGUCAGAUAGGUGGUUCCGCCUAUUCCCAAACUGGGGGCGCUGCAAACCCACUAUGUAUGUUGCACGAUGAUCUCUGGGGAUCUAAAAAACCAGAAAACUACAUGGCUGAAAUUCGAGGUGCAGAGUACCAGGAUGUCUUUUGGGGAAAACAGAAGUUUAGACAAGGACGUGCCAUGCGCCGUGUGCUCGCCUAUAGAUGGCGCUAG